AUGUCAAUUGAUAGAUUACCAGUUGAAUUAUUUCAUUGUAUAUUAGAUAAUCUUAAUACAGAAACAAUUAUUUUUUCAGUUCGUUAUGUAUGUCGAUUAUUUCGAUCAUUUGUUAAUAGUUAUGAUCGAUAUAUUUUCAAUUUGACUUUAGUUUCAAAAUCAAAUUUUUAUUUACUUUGUCGAUUAAUUAAUCCAGUUAAUGUUAUAUCAUUGACAUUAUCAAAUGAAGAACGAACAUCAAAUCAAAUAGAUUUAUUUAUUUUACUUGUUCGUCUUCGUCAAUUUACUCGACUUAUUUCAAUAAAUCUUAUUGAUAUAAAUGAAUAUCAAUUAAAUUUUAUUUUAAAACGAAUUAAUCUUAAUUUUCUUACUUCAUUUUCAUUUACUAUUAAAAAAUAUGAUGAUAGACGUAUUAAAACAACUAAUAAUCUUCUUACAUCAAUAAUAACUCAAAUUAAUUUUCGAAAAAUUGAAUUUAAUUUAACAAAUGAUAGAUUAUGGAAAAUUUCAUGGCCAUACAAUUGUUCAAUACAAUAUUUAAUUGUUAAUGAAGAUAUAAAUAUGGAGAAUAUUUUUAAAAUACUUCAAUCUUCUCCUUAUUUAAAUAAAAUUAUUUUGAAACAAAAAUUUAGUAAAAUUAUCAAAAAUCUUAGUCAAAUAUCUCGUUAUAAUAUAUGUUUUCGACAAUUAACAUCGUUAACUAUGGAAAAAGUUAAUAUAAAUAUAGAUGAAUUGGAAUCAUUUCUUUUAUUAACACCAUCAAUUAUUUAUUUAAAACUCAUUAGUGAACAACGUAUGUUUGAUGGAAAACGAUGGGAACAAUUUAUUGAAAAAAAUUUACUUCAUUUAAAUAAAUUUCAAUUUUAUUUUGAUUAUUGGGAUCCAGUUACAAAAACUUUAGAAGAUCUUCAAUUAAUAAUAACUUCAUUUCGAACUCCAUUUUGGAUUGAAUAUAAAAAAUGGUUUGUUAUUUGUGCAUGUGAUAUUAAACGAUCGACAACUGUCUCUCUUUAUUCAAUACCAAUAUGCAAAAAUUUUUUAACUUAUGAUAUAGAAUUACACAAAAAUUCACUUGUCACUUAUAAUACUACCAUCGACAAUUAUCAAUUCAUAGACAAUCAUGUCAAUUAUCUAAGUUUGCCUUUAACUAAACCAUUAACUACUUAUAUACAAGAAAAAGAAGCAACAAUAAAUCAACUUCUGUUUCCCAAAGUGACAAAAGUCGCUAUUGAAUUAUACGAAGAAUGGCCUUUAUUUUCUCUUCAAUCUCUUUCCAUAUUGAUUAAUAUAUCUCAAAUAGUUCACAUGACAUUACGCAGCUAUUAUUUUAUUAACUAUAAUCAAAAUGCAUUUCUGGACAUGCGUAUUUUUAUUAAACAAGCUAAAAAUCUUUCUUCGCUUAUUAUUCAAACUGGUCUUUAUAGAUACAAAUUAAAUUCAUCAAUAGAUAAUAUACACAGUAUUAUUCCACAUCAUGUUAAACAUUUAUCAAUACCAAUCAAUACGGUUGAACAAAUCCAAAGGAUUCUUGAUCGAUGCAAUCAUUUGAUAACAAUCAAAUUUGAUACAAGAUUUUCAAAAUUUUCUGAAGAAAUAAUUAAAUGGUUUAAUGAUAAUACUAUUAAUUCAACAUGUCAGAAAGGUUAUAAAACUGUUUCGGUAUGGAUUGGCACAAAAAUAAAUCAAUCAAAUAAUAUUUGUUUUGAGAAAAAACGAAUAAAAUUUUAUUAA